UGCACGCACAUGAUCCAUGUCGCAGUUGGCCUGAACUGACUAGCUAGCUACUCACACACCGCACAAUGUCGAGGUGCCUGGUGCUGGCUGCGGUGUUGCUCGCCGCGCUCGCACUGGCUCCGGCGGCGCGGGGCAUCCCGUUCAGCGAGCGGGACCUGGCGUCGGAGGAGAGCCUGCGAGCGCUGUACGAGCGGUGGCGCAGCCACUACCACAGGGUGUCGCCGCGGGACGGGGACGACAAGCAGCAGCAGGCGCGCCGGUUCAACGUGUUCAAGGAGAACGCGCGGUACGUCCACGAGGCGAACAGGAAGGACGGCCGGCCGUUCCGGCUGGCGCUGAACAAGUUCGCGGACAUGACCACGGACGAGUUCCGGCGCACGUACGCUGGCUCCCGGACGCGCCACCACCGCGCCCAGCUGGGCGAGGCGAGGAGCUUCGCGCACGCGCAGCAUGGCCGGGGCGGGAGCGGGACGACGAACCUGCCGCCCGCGGUCGACUGGCGGCUCCGCGGCGCGGUCACCGGCGUCAAGGACCAAGGCCAGUGCGGGAGCUGCUGGGCGUUCUCGGCCAUCGCGGCCGUGGAGGGCGUCAACAAGAUCAUGACCGGGAAGCUGGUGUCCCUGUCGGAGCAGGAGCUCGUGGACUGCGACGACGUGGACAACCAAGGCUGCGACGGCGGCCUCAUGGACUACGCGUUCCAGUACAUCCAGAGGAACGGAGGCGUCACCACCGAGUCCAACUACCCGUACCUUGCCGAGCAGAGGAGCUGUAACAAGGCCAAAGAACGGUCCCAUGACGUGACCAUAGAUGGAUACGAGGACGUCCCUGCUAACAACGAAGACGCUCUCCAGAAAGCCGUCGCGAGCCAGCCAGUGGCCGUUGCAAUCGAGGCUAGCGGCCAAGAUUUCCAGUUCUACUCAGAGGGCGUCUUCACCGGAAGCUGCGGCACGGACCUAGACCACGGGGUCGCCGCCGUUGGGUACGGCACCACUGGAGACGGCACCAAGUACUGGACAGUGAAGAACUCGUGGGGCGAGGACUGGGGCGAGAGGGGCUACAUCAGAAUGCAGCGAGGCGUGCCGGACUCCCGAGGGCUGUGCGGCAUCGCGAUGGAGCCGUCUUACCCGACCAAAAAACCGGCAGGGCAUGGCGGCGGCAUCGUACAAGAUCUCGGCCAGGAGCUUCAUCAGGCUGACGGCGGCCGCGCAUCCUACUACUGAAAGAGCAGCGUUACCAUGUUCCGUUGUGUUAUGCGGAAUGCAAUGUUAAUGUUACUCUCAAGGAAUUGGACCAAAUCAAUCUAAU